AUGUUGAAUAAUGAUAUAUUAUUUGAUUAUAAUGAAGAAAACUUUAAAAGAUUUCCUAAAGAAGAUUUUAAAAACUGCUUAGAGAAAAAUUUUAAUAAAAACUCUAAACAAGAUUUUAAACAAUUCAAAGAAAAAUAUUAUAUAAAUUUAGAAAAAUACUCAGAAAAAGAUUUCGAUAAAA